AUGGCAGACUCUAUCCAUCCUGUCAAGGGCGAGAGGCCAGGCAAAACCGAAAAGCAUUUACAGUUCGAUAUCAACAAACCCCAGGUGACAUCACCGCCGUACACGGGAAGCGGUGACACCCUUCGUGACAACGAGGCUUGUGAUGACUACUCCAACCUAGAUGAUGAGGCAACUCUGAGCGGUUCUGGAAGCCUAGGGAGUUUCAACUUGGAGGGGCUGAGUAUGGCAGAUGAACAUCCCCGCUCUCAUCAACGCAGUGGAAAGGGCCACAACCAUCCUGUCCCGCGUGGUCCAAGGUAUCCCAACGUUAACAGACACGGUCCCCCUGGACGUGGCUUUUAUAGUCAUCACCGACAAGGCGCUGCGAACGCCGGGAGAGGUGGUUCUACAGGUUUCCGCAACCCCAACCCACCACUGGGUCCCGAUGCUCAGAUGCACCAAGACUUUCUCACGGUUCGCAACUCGAUGCGCCGUCAGUUUAAGAACUCAGAUGUAGCCAAGUGGAAGUUCGGCGACUAUGUCGCACAUCGCGAAGCAAUGGCUGCAUCAGAAGCCAACAAGCUCACACAUCAAGCCAAGGCGAAGGAAGAAGCUGGAGACUAUUCUUCAGCCAUUUCUCCAGCUACUCAGGCCUUUUUGCGUCGUUGCGGCCUCAACGGCAACUUUGACGAAGUUGGCAACUCCGGUCGUGCCCUUGGAGAGCAGACGAUAUGGUGCAAGGAUUGGCAGAAUGGAAAGGAAGAGGUUGCGCCCUGGCCUUCCUACUCUGAGAUGAGGUGGGAGGGUGACGAUAGGGCCAAGACAGGCGUUGGCCGCUUCCUCCCCCUACCACGCGAGCCAGGUCCUCCAGGUCUCACAUGGAGCCAACUCCCUGUCAUUGAGCAGUACCCCAUGGAUCAGGUCUGCCAGAUCCCGACUAUGGAGGAUGUCUACCUCCCUGUCGACCCCGACAUUGAGCCCGACCAUGAGUACCUCUGGAGCAAAGAGCUAGAGAAAGAGAUGGACGCCCUCCUGGAAUCCUGA